GGAAUGGUCAUAUUGCUGUGCUUGAGAUUGUUCUAGUCUUUGGAAUUCCUAACAGCGUUGAAUGCUUCUCUGUUCUUCCACAAACCUAUAAGAGUUUCUAACCUCCCAAGCUUUCCAAUCGACAAUACUAUGGCCAGCGAGAGGAUGCUGCCAAUUACAGCACAGCAACCCCGUGAGGGUGAUCAGCCGAACCCGUUUACCAUGAAGUGCGACGAGUUGAUGGGUCUAAUUUCUCCAACCCAUAUUGUUCCAGUACUUGACGAAAAAUUUGAUGCCGACUCUCUUUUCGUUGUCGUUAAAAACAUUCUUAGGCGUUCCACCCAUAUUGUCGACAAUCUUUUACUGGGCCAGGAACACCCGGAGAACAUGGAGGAAAAAGUGUCCAGAGUCAGCUUCGGUCCACUAUUAUGCACACUCAAUCAACUUUCCUAUGAGAUGGCAUGCAAGGCUCCAGGUGUGGAAAUUGCACACAAAACAACAAUGUCAAUACUUACCAAACUCUCAAACUAUUCAUGGGAUUACAAGGCAGUGCUGACGCUUGCGGCUUUUGCUUUGAAUUACGAGGAUUUCUUGACUUUUGACUCAUCACACCAACUUGUCGAAUCAGCGGAGAUCUCAAAGCAUGUGCCUGCCAUCUUAUUAAAGUACUCAUGCCUUCAAAAAUACAGAAAAAUGAUUGGUGAACUUAACAAAAUUAUCAAUGACGUGUUGGACGUCAUCGAGUCCAUCCUAGAGCUGAAAAUGCUAUCUAAUAAUGAUAAAAUGUAUGAGGUGAAGCCAUGGCUUAUCUACUGGAUUAUCAUUACUAUUGCAGCUUGCACAACUCAGAUGCUUUGUCUCAAGAGUGAUGAGGACAAGACACAGGAACUACUUCCCUUCGCCAAGAAAAUCAAUGGCAUCCGCGCCAUAGUAAGCGGUUCAAAAAUGGUUUGCAAUUUACAAACAGCAGAAAUGAAGGAAGAAAGGAAACUAAAGGAACUUUUACAAACACCUGACGAAAUCACAAAGGUUUUGAAGGCGCUGAUUUUCACCAAGGAUGAUAUGCAACCUCUUAUUGACGGUUCUACCAACAAAAUGGUUAGCAUCAAUGUGCUGAAAAAGAAGAAUGUUUUAUUGCUCAUUACGAGCUUGAACAUCUCCAAUGAUGAUAUCUCAAUUUUGAAGUCAAUUUAUAAUGGAAUAUUAAGGAAGGAUGGGUAUGAAUCUGAUACAUAUAAAAUUGUAUGGAUCCCAAUUGUGGAGCAGUGGACUGAUGGCCUACAAAAGAAGUUUGAGAUGUUGCGGUCUAGAAUGCCAUGGUACAUAGUGCAAUAUUUUUCACCACUAGCCGGCAUCAAGUUCAUUAAGGAGGAGUGGUACUUCGAAAAUGAGCCUAUUGUCGUGAUGAUGAACCCACAUGGAGAUGUAUUUAACGAAAAUGCAUUCCACAUGAUUCGGGACCUAGGAAUGAAUGCCUUCCCUUUCACUUCCAAGCAGGGACGGAGGAAGGGGGGGACUGGCAAGGACAACAGGUGGAUUGAACAAUUCUCCCAGAAAGUAAACGUUGUAGCUGAGGAUCCAAUCACAAAGGAAGCAAACAUUUCCAUAGAGUUGUCUUGCCUUGGAAAAGGCCGACAAUAUUUUUGGAAAUUCCCUAAGGCUGAGAAGAAGACUGGAUUUGACCCUAGGAACCAAGAAAUCCAACAAUUAUUGGAUUCCUUCAAGAAUGAGAGUAGAUGGGCUGUGUUGACCAAACAGUCUACAAGUGUAGUUAGUGAUCAAGGCACAACAAUUUUGAAAGUCCUGGAGGCGUUUGAAGAGUGGAAGGUGAAUGUGCCUGAGAGAGGCUUCGAAAUUUGCUUCAAAGAGUACCAUGACAAGUUUCAUCAAAUUGGUCCCCUACCAUCGACAUCAUUUUGGAAUUGUCGCCGUGUUCUCUGUUUUGGAUUAUAG